AUGAUCGCGACUGAGAAUGAAUGGCGUACGGCACGCAAUGCUGACAGAGCACGCCGUCGCGCGGGCGGCGAGGACGAACUUCUGCUAGAUGAGGACGGAUCCGAGAGGCCUGGUGCUACUAGUGAUGGUACGACACUUCCCCCGCCUUCUCCUCCUAGUCUGGCCGACAAGGACCAAUUUGCUGGCGCCCUGCAAGGUUUGUCUCCGUCUCGUCAAAGCAUCAUCCUCAAGGUGUUCGAGUCGCUCGCUGGAAAGGCGCAUACAACCACUCACACAAUCGGUGGGACGUCCACAGAAACAAAUGCGACUGGGGAAAGAUCGUUGUCCGCUGCAUUCGAACGCUCUUCAGACCAAUUCCAAUACCAGAGUCUAGAGAUUCCACCUGCCAUCGUCAAAUUGGGUCUAGCUCGUGUGCACAUCCCUCUUACUCUAUUGACACCCAGUGCUAUACGGAAAAUUCACCAAUACCCGACUUCCGUCAAAACGAAGAAGGUCCUUACUUAUGCCGGUCAAAAGCUGGACUUACUGGAUCUCAGCGCGUGGCCGGACGAAUCUUCUCUCCCGCCAGAGAGGUUCUUCGAGGCUUGGCAGAACAUGCUGAAGAUAUAUGCGAGGAUUGGCGAUGACACGGUGACGAACCGUUUCCAGACUCACUUCGGCUAUAUCCUGGCGCUGCCGGACUUCGCUGAGGAUUACAAGGCUAUCCUGCGCUUCGACUGUGAGGUACGCCGCAGGUACAUGAAUAACCCCGCACGGUUCUCUCCCGCAGACUCGUCGUACCAAAAUCGUCUAAACGCAAUCAAGUCACGUGUCUUAUCCGAGGAGAUCAAAGCAGGACGACAGUCCCAAAGUGACUUUUCUCUCCGCUUCUCGCCGUAUCCACAAGGAGGACGAUGCGACAACCGAGCCAUGAGGGCAGGCGGCUCACGUCCUCACAGCCGACCUGCCUCGUAUGCGUGA